CGAGUCCUUCGGCCUGAGUCGCGCGCCGGAGUCGUCGCGCCUCCAAACGCCGCGAAAACGAUGCCGAAGGCGCGCGCGAAGCUCGAGAAGAAGCUGGGCCGCGAGCCGACGAAAGAAGAGGUCGCGACCUACAAGGCCAAGAAAAAGGCGAAGAAGGCCGCCAAGGCGGAGCAGCGCGCCGCCGCCGCCGCCUCGCCGAACAAGGAGAAGAAGCGCAGCGCCGAGACCGAGGCCGCCGCGCCGGCGGCGAAGAAGGCGAAGGCGGCGCCCGGCGACCCGGCCGCGGCCGCGCCGCCGGCCGCCGCGCGGUCGUCGUCGUCGUCGUCCGCGGCGCCGGAGGAGCCCGGCCCCGUGACGAUCGUGCUCUUCUACGCGUACUGCGAGGGCCUCAUGAGCAAGCAGCGGCAGACGGCGGCCAUCAAGUUCUGCGUCGAGUCGCUGAAGACGCACGGCGUCACGGGCCGCCUGCGCGUCGCGCGCGAGGGCUACAACGGCACGUUGACGGGCCCGACGGCGGGCGUGCGCGCCUUCACCGCGUCGCUGGAGACCUUCGACGCCGCGACCUUCGGGAACGGCCGCGUCGACUUCAAGUACGUCGACGGCCUGCCGCGGAACCAGAUGCUCAAGGGCGUCAAGUGCUGGCCCGUGGCCGAGAUCGUCACCUACGGCUUCGACGCGCGGGACGCGCCCCUCGACAAGGGCGGCACGCACCUCGCGCCCGCGGACUUCCACAGGGCGCUCGAGGACCCGGACGCGGUCGUCGUCGACGUCCGCAACUACAACGAGAGCCUCAUCGGCAAGUUCGCGCCGCCGGGCGACAAGGUGCUGGACCCCAUGAUGCGCCGGUCCACGGAGUUCCCGAAGUGGGUCGCGGACAACCGCCACAAGCUCGAGGACAAGAAGGUGCUCAUGUACUGCACGGGCGGCGUCCGCUGCGAGCGCGCGAGCGCCUACAUGGGCAGCCAGGGCAUCAAGAACGUCUUCCAGCUCGAGGGCGGCAUCCACCGCUACCUCGAGGAGUUCCAGAGCGACGGCGGCCACUGGGUGGGCAAGAACUACACCUUCGACAAGCGCUUCAGCCACGGCGCGGACAACGCGCGCGUCAUCUCCGCGUGCGUCCACUGCGGCGACCCCUGGGACCGGUACCAGGCCCAGGCCAAGUGCGCGAACCGGAGCUGCGCCAUCGAGGUGCUCCUCUGCCGCCCCUGCCAGCGCCAGGCGGGCGGGCCGCCGCCGAAGGCGUCGCUCUUCUGCGACCUCUGCAAGCCGGGCGGGAACAAGUGCGCGCGCGCCGCGUAAAUUUUUCCAUGCC